AUGGCUGAGUCUCCUACAGAUGAGCAGCUGGAAUCUGUUCUUGACAUCACAGGACAGAAGGGUACAAAUUGGAGCUUAGAUCCUCCAAAUGAGGCACCUAGAGAAUUUGUCUUAGACUACUGGAUAAUAAUCCUCUCUCUGGUCAUUGCCGUGGUCGGGCUGGUGGGGAACAGCAUCGUCCUGUGGCUGCUGGGCUUCCGCUCCCAGAGGAGCCCCUUCUCUGUCUACAUCCUCAAUCUGGCUGCUUCCGAUGCCCUCUUCCUUGGCAGCUACUUUAUGUUGCACAUGUUGGCAAUUUUUGGAGAUGUAAACCAUUUUGUCCUGGCACUGCUAUUUCCCUGCAUCCUAAACCUGUCCUACUGUGUGGGUCUCGGCCUGCUGACUGCGAUCAGCACCGAGCGCUGUCUCUCUGUGCUCUUCCCCAUCUGGUACAAAUGUCACCGCCCAAAUCACAUGUCUGCUGCUGUGUGUGCCAUUCUAUGGGCUCUGCAGGGCCUGUUCUGGGGAGUAUUUGUGGCUCUUUAUUUCCUUAACAAGGACACCUUUGACAAUCUCUACUUCGAUCUCUACUUGGUCCAGUUCGGCUGGUUCCUCCUCCUCACCUGUGUGCUGGGCGUGUCCAGCCUGACCCUGGUGCUGAGGGUCCAGUGCAGCUCCCAGCGCAGGCGCCCACCCAGACUCUACCUCCUGGUGCUGCUCACAGUUCUUGUGUUCCUGCUCUGUGGCCUGCCCUGGGGGAUUAUUGAUGCAGUUCGGUAUUUUAGCAGCUUCCCUUUAAUGUCUUAUGAGCUCUCCAGGCUCCUGGCCUGUGUGAACAGCAGUGCAAACCCUUUCAUUUACUUCUUCCUGGGCAGCCAAUGGUGUAGACGAGGGAGGGAGCCACUCAGGGUGGUCCUGCAGAGGGCCCUGGGAGAGGAGCAAGUGGGAGGGGAUGGGGCGAGAGACACUUCCCACCCUGACACUCUGGAUGAAUUAUCCUGA